GCCGUGGUAACGCGGCCGGCGGCGGGGACGGAGCGGCUCCUCCCUCCUCCGCCGCCAGGACCGGCCCGACCCGGGCCCGGCCAUGGGGUCCCCGGCGGCGGCGGCGGCGGCGGCGACGGCGGUGAGGCAGAUGUGGGCCCUGCUGGACGAGCUGGCCGACAGCCAUCCCCGCCGCUACCACCGCUUCGUCCAACGACAGCUGGCCCAAGCCCGCGGACUUGGCUCCCCGCCGCGCCCAAACCUCCGUCUGCGGGCCACCGUCCUGAAACCACGAGAAGAAACGUUAUUCAUCAACCUGUGCGGGUGGGACCGAGUCCCCGCUCCGAAGUCGGCCGCGGACCCGGUACCUCUGAGGGCCGGGGAGCUGGAGGAGGCCUCUGACCCAGCAGGUUCGCACCGGGAGGUGGUCGUGGCCUACAACGCGGACCUGCUGCGGGCCGCCGCCGAGGACCAGGCCGAGCUGGACCAGCUGAUCCGCCUGGCGAUGCGCUACGUGGAGGAGCGGUUCCAGCUGACCCUGGGCCCCUCCUACGGGCUGGUCCCCUUUCCAAAGUGGGGAAACCCCCAGAGGCUGGAAGAGAGUCUGAUGGGCAUCCAGGAGGGCGACACCCAGGCAACGGACACAGAACCUGAGCCCUGGCAGCUGCCGAACAGCGGGGUGAGCCCCAACCUCGAGCUCCUGCUGCCGCAGGGCAGGACCCCCACCCGGCGCGGGGGGCUGAUCGAGGAGAUCCCCGGCUCCGAGCUCCCCGCGGCGCCCCAGAUCCCGGCCUACGAACUGACGGUCGUCAAGGAUCAGGAUGGGAGAUCGGUCCGGAUCGACGUCAAAGUGGAACUGGCCCAAGUCAGCUCGGCGUCCGAGUGUGACCUCAGCGUGUCUGAGGAUGACCUGGUGGUCGAGGUCCCGGACAGAUACAGGCUCCAGGUGGACCUGCCCGAGCCCGUGGACAACGACGCCACCACUGCCACGUUCGUCCCCGAGAAAGCCACCUUGCUCAUCACCAUGCCCAUAGCUUAGGGUGUUUUACAACAGGCCGAGGCAGAGGCCACCUGGGAGCUGGGGCCCAACCACAGAGGAGGAGGAGGCAGCUGCAAGAAAGCACCCACCGCUCACGUUCAUUUUCAAGUCGUGAACAAUCCCAUAGGUUUAUUAAAAUGCUGCCAUUCAACAGAA